UUUGCGCAAGUCGGAAGUAGUCUUUGUUUGAUCUACUUUUAUAAGUUUUCAAAAUUAUACAACAGUUUUAAUUAAAUUAACGGCAAAGGCAUUCAAUUACAUAACAAAAAACAAACUGUUACUCUCACAUAAAGUUAUUGGAUCUGUAAAAUAUUUAAAAACGUUCGUUUGAAUGUCUUUCUUUCAUGUAAUAGUGGUAAAUAUUGCGCUAUAAUGAGUGACACGAAAUCCUUCGUCAAUUUCUCUUGUCAGCGAUGCCUUCAGCCUUUGAAACUCGACGAGUCGUUAAAUAACCUCGGAGAACACACUAUAGCUGAUCUAACACUCCAGAUUCGACGAAACAACGAGGCAGAUUUAGAUUUACAGGCAUCUAGCUUAGAGCACUAUGUCCCGCCUUUCCGUAUGUCCGAAUCAGGUAAUGGAGCUAAUGGGUUCAUGGUCAUCUCAGAUGGAUGGGAGACCACCUCUAUAGGUCACCAACUACACGUCAAGGCGACUUUAUAUGAUUUACUCUCAAAUAAUUCUGAUGUCGACCACCCCCUAUGUGACGAAUGUACAGAUACGCUUCUAGAAUUAAUGGAUAAUCAAUUGCGACAGACAGAGGCUGAAUGGAAGGACUACAACGAUUAUUUAAAGAAAUUAGAAGAUGAUAAAGAAGAUUUGAAUUUGGAAGGCCUUGAAAAGGAGCUCGAGGAUUGGAAACAAGAACAAAACAGAUUGUUACAGGAAUUAUCAGCAUUACAAAAAGAAGAGAAGGCAAUGAAGGAUGAGAUAGAGGUGCAAGAGAAAGAAAAGGAGAGACUAGAAGUAGAGCAAGAUAUAUAUUGGAGAGAAUACACACGGUAUAGAAAGGACUUAAUGACGACGGAAGAUCAAAUGAAGUUCUAUGAAUGUCAAUUGUCUUACACGCAAGCUCAACUGGAGAAGCUCAAGAAGACAAACAUAUUUAAAGCAACAUUUCAUAUAUCAGAUUCAGGCCAAUUUGGUAUAAUAAAUAAUUUCAGGCUUGGACGGCUGCCUACAGCUCCGGUUGAUUGGUCAGAAAUUAAUGCAGCAUGGGGGCAGACUGUUCUACUCUUAUCCUCAUUGGCUAGAAAGAUAAAUUUCUGCUUCCAGAGAUAUAGAUUAAUACCAUAUGGCAAUCAUUCAUACAUUGAGGUGCUGGAAGAUCAGAAAGUAUUGCCAUUAUAUGGUUCUGGGGGAUUUCGAUUUCUGUGGGAUACAAAGUUUGAUGCAGCAAUGGUUGCUUUUUUAGAUUGCUUACAACAAUUCAAGGAACAAGUUGAAAAGGGUAACACUGGUUUUUGCUUGCCUUACAGAAUAGAUAAAGGCAAAAUUGAAGAUACAGCAUCCCCUCCACACGCUUAUUCGAUCAAAAUACAAUUUAAUUCCGAGGAACAUUGGACAAAAGCUCUUAAAUAUAUGUUGACUAAUUUAAAAUGGGCCUUAACAUGGAUUUCAUCACAGAUUAGUGAAGAUAAAGUUGAAACAUAAAUAUUUUUUGUCUGUGAUAUUUUAUUAGAUAAUAUUAUGUUAAUUCAUAAUUUUUGUAAAUAUUAUAAUAUAAUGUAGGAAAAAUUGUAAAAAAUUAUAUAGAUACUGAAAAAAGAGUAAUGUA